AUGUCGUCCGAAACGUCCUCCACCCCCGACUUGGACCAGCCCAUGCCGGGCGCCUUUCCCUCCGCCACACCGGGCCCCUCGUCGACCCCUCAGAGUCUCUGGCAAGCAAUCCACGAGCGACGUCAUGAGUACGUGCGCCCCAAGGAAAUUCGCAUCAAGGUCGGCACCUGGAACGUCGCUGCUUUCAAGGGCACCGAGAAGGACCUGGGCGGUUGGUUCGUUGGAGGAAAAGGCGUCGAGGAGGCCUUGUCCGGUCUGGGUGUCUCUGACCCCAAUAAUCCUCAGGCUACCGGCACCGCACAAGCUGAUGAUAACCCGCGCGAGGGCCCCACCGCCCAGGAGACCCGGCACACGAACGAGGAGUCGACCUUGCCCAAGAAUGAUCAUGCCAGCGUGCCAGGCGACGACGAUAUUUCUCUGUACGUCUUGGGGCUGCAGGAGGUCGUCGACAUUUCUUCGGCCGCCGAAGCCUUGAGACCAUACACCGAUCCUGCGACCGCUGCCAAGUUCAAAGCCGCCAUGCAAUACCACCUGCCCCAGGGCUACCAGCUCGUCGCCGAGCAGCAGCUCAUCGGCUUGCUCAUUCUCGUCUACGCCUCACCUACCAUCGCCCCUGAGGUAAGAUGCGUGAGCACAACAAGCGUUGGGACCGGUUUGAUGGGCUACAUGGGAAACAAGGGCGCCGUCACGGCUAGGAUAGUUUUAGGCGAGACCACGCGCUUGGUAUUCAUCAACUCGCAUUUGGCUGCUGGCGCCGACAAGGCGUCGUUGGAAAGACGAAACUGGGAUGCCGCCCAGAUCGUGAGCCGCACCAAAUUCGACCCCAUCACCGACCCUCUUGGUCUGACUCAGCCCAGCGUCGAAGGCAUUGGCGACGAGGAUUUCGCCUUCUGGGUCGGUGACCUGAAUUACCGCUUGGGCGACAUGCCUGGUGAUGAUGUGCGCCGGAUUUUGAUGCUACAUACACGGAAUGAGUACGACCUUUCUCAGAGACAUGCAGAGAAGAUCGAGAAGGAUAUUGCUUCUUCUGGCCACACAUCUUCCGAUGCCGCCACCGAAGCUUCCGACCAGUCUAGCAACGACGAGCAGCCCGAUGAAGAGGCCGAAGUCGUCAUUCCAGCUAAGUUCGACCCUGCCUCGCUCCAGGCAACCAUCGAGUCUCUUCUUCCGCACGACGAGUUGCGCCAGCAGCAGCGCCUCGGCAAGGCUUUCCACGACGGCUGGCGCGAAGGUGACAUUGAAUUUUUGCCUACCUACAAGUAUGACGUGGGCACCGUGGCCAUCUUUGACUCAAGCGAGAAGCGCCGCUGCCCGAGUUGGUGCGACCGCAUCCUGUGGCGCACACGUCGCGAUCGGCUGGCAUACUAUGAAAAAGUCAAGGAAGCCGAGGAGGCCAGAAAGAAGGACGAAGAAAUGAAAAGGCAGGGCCUAGACAAGGAUGCCGACGAUAUUCUGUUCGAGUACGAUCCCGAGACGGAUGGUGACUUGGACUACAACGAGGCUACAGACGCGCGGGAUGACCCCAUUCCGGUGCUCACAAAGGAUGGCUUCGAGGACGAGAUCGAAUUGGAGUAUUACACGGCACAUCAACGGGUCUUGUCGUCCGAUCACAAGCCUCUGGACGCCGUCUUCAGACUCAAGUACGACAGUGUUGUGCCCGAGUUGAAAGCAAAGGUGCACGCCGAAGUUGCUUGGGAGCUGGAUCGAGCAGAGAACGAAGGCCGACCCGGCGUUACGCUGAUCGUGGAGAAGGACCCAAGUAAGAAAGAAAUAAGGGAGGAUUCAAAGACGGAUUUCGAGGGUGUGGAUUUCGGCAAUGUGAAGUAUCUUGACAUGCGCCGACGGCAUGUAACAGUGGCCAACACUGGCCAAGUGGCUGCGACUAUCAGCUUCUUUGGGACCCCCGGAGAAGAGAACAGCGAAGUCCAGCCCCCACCGUGGCUCUCGUUGCGUUUCGACCGAGAGCCGGAUAAGUCAACGAAACCGAACACCCCUGCGUCAUAUACACUGGAGCCUGGAGAUGCCUGCAACAUUGAUAUGGUUCUGAAGGUAGACGACAUGAGUCUGGUCCACGAGCUGAAUGACGGGAAGGCACAACUUGAGGAUAUUCUCGUUCUGCGCGUCUCCGACGGCCGUGAUCACUUUCUACAGGUGCGCGCCAGCUGGCUCCAAACAAGCCUCGCUCGGUCCAUCGACAAGCUCAUCCGCAUACCGGAGGGCGGCAUCAGAAAACUGCAAGGCCAGCGGCCAGAGGGCAAUGGCGACAGUGACAGUCCCUCCAAAGACGCAGGGGUAAAGUGGUCAGCUCCGCGGGAACUGUUCCGGCUGACGGAGGUUCUAGAAGACCUAGUCGAGCGCGUCGUCGCCGAGUGGGACAUGACUGACCACGAAGAUGGCACAAAGGCGCCGUGGUUGUCGCAGGCGCAGCUCAGCUCGGGCGGCGGAUGGCCCUUUGCAGCAGAGACGUGGACGGUGCAGGACGCUGCUGAGCGCGACUCGGCGAAAUGUGCCAUCAUCGAUGCGCUCGACACUGACUCGCCCCUAGAGCGAGUUUUCGGAGCGGAGACGUCGUCGUUGCUGCGCGUCGAGUGCCUAGCGGAGACGAUGAUGCUGUUCCUGCGCAGUCUAGAGGACGGCGUCAUCACGGCAGAGCUAUGGAAGAAGAUCGAGGCGGGUUACGAAGAGCAGACCCGGAGCAAGAAGCAGCUGAGCCGCGAAGAGGAGCGCACGUGGAUCUUGGAGAUCAUGGCGGGCGCGCCAAACCACAAUGUCUGCUUCGUGCUCUUGACGUCGAUGCUCGCGCGCAUUGCAGCCGAGGUGCGUACGGCGACAAGGGUCGAGCAGGCGCUUAAAGGACCGACAAGCCCGCUCAAACGUACCUUGACGGGCGUGGCGGGGCGAGUAAGGAGCGCAAGCGAAGCGCAGAAGAUGCAGAUGCUUAGUGUGGAGAAAGGGCUGUCGAGUGCUUUUGCCGAUGCGAUCGUCAAGGUGCCGGAGAAGGCUAACUUGAAGGACAAGGAUAAGCAGAUCAGGAGGCAGCGGAUGAGCAGGGUUGUGGAGUUGUUUGUGUUGCCGGACGAGAAAGCUUGA